AAUAAUAAUAAUAAUAAUAAUAAAUAUGAUGAAAGUGGUUAGAGAAUUUAAUGGAUCUAAUAAUUAGAGUUUACGGUAGAUCGUUCAAAGUACGCUAAUAUGACAGUGUAUUUAUUUGCAUGUGUAUGUAUAUUUAGGCGUAUAUCAAUGUCAAUUGUAUGUCACAAUAGUAGGUUAUGACCAUUUACUACACAAGUACAUUGAAUUUAGUUAGGAAUAACCUAAAGGUUAAUAAUUGUGAGGGAAUAGAGACUUCUUUUUUGCUAAUAUUAUUCAUAAUAAGUGUUAAAAGAAGUUGUUAAAUAUUUUUCUCUGUGUAGACGAUUAUUCAUAAUAAUUUAAUGAAAUAUUAAAAAGUUAUGGAAUCAUAGCAGAUGUGAUAAAAAUAAGAUAUACUGCAAAGUCUUCAAAGAAAUUAUUAAAGAACGAUGAAGGGAUGCCAUGGGUGAACAUAACAAUGGUCAUUACGAACAACAGCUUCUCACUGUAUUUGAAAGUUGUUUGAUGAAAGGGCAAACGGAAUUGAAAGAAGAAGAUUUAUCUUCCUUAUGCAAUAAAUUACAACUAGAUGAUCAUGGAGAUGAAUUAAAGGAAUGCAUUAAAAAAUGUAUUUCAGGAAAACAUUCAAUUUCAUUCCAAGAAUUUCGAGGAGGAUUAUUACUUUUGUUGGCCAAAACGCAAGAACUAUUGACUCAAGAUUCAGAUAUUCAACAAUCACACAUGAAUGAUUGUAAUACAAAAACAGGUUUGAUAUUAGAUAAAAAUCGUUUGAAAGAUUUAUGGCAUAAAGUUAACGUAUGUUUCAAAGAAAAUGCAGAUACUUCGGAUAAAUAUUUUAUGUCCAAUCAUCGAGAAACAUCUGCUCUUCCAGAACAAAUAGCUCAACGCAUAUUCGAAAAACUUGAUCAGAAUAGCGAUGGUUUAAUUAGUUUGGAUGAAUUUCUGGAUAUAUUUAAAAAUCAAACUAUUUUACAGGAAGAGUUGAUACUUUCUUGCAAAGAUAUAUCAGAAAAAUGUUUAACUAAUUCGAAGGAAGAUAAAUCUGAUUAUGAUACACUUCAACAUCGUGAUUCAGGGUUUAUUCAGCAUAGUAUUGUUACCGAUAUGUGGAAAAUGGCUGGCAUUUCUGAUGCAGCUUCCUUGUUAUCCGAUUUGGGAUAUAACACGUCGAGUAUUAAUUUAAAUGAUUUAGUUAGCACCUUAUGCGAGGAAUUGAAAGGUCUUAAUGAUUCUAUCAUUAAUACAGAUAUUCAGCCACAUAUCAGUUUGUUGAAAGGUGUUUUAAUUCUUUAUAAGGAGGAACUACGUAACUUGAAUAUUUUGAUAGAAAAUAUAACAGGCGAGAGAGAUAAACUACGAGUUGAUAUAAUAGAAGCCAAUGAGAGAGCGAACUCACUCGCACAAGAAAUUGACGAUCAUCAUUUUCGACAAGAGGAAAUUAAACAAAAUUUGUUAAAGCAAAUUGAACACAAACAUUCUGAAAUUAUAAAGGAUUUAUCAAAUCAAUUAAGUUUCGAACGCGAAAGCAAUGCUACUACUUUAAAAGUUAAAGAACAACAAUUGCAAACACAGCAACAAGAAAACUAUCAAAAUAAAAAUAAACUUUUGACCGCUUUACAAGAUAAUCAAAUUUUAGAAACAGAAAAUGAAAAUUUCCGAAAUCAAAUUGAUAAACUUAAAGAAUCAAACAAUGAAUUGCUGAUGCAAAUUAAAAUGCUCGCUGCAGAACACGAUGAGGUCGAAGAUAUAGAUGCAAAAAAAGAGGAACAAGUUCUACAUUUAAUCGAUCGUAUGAAACAAUUGCAAUCAGAAAUAGUAUCCUUGCGUGAUCAUAACGAUGAGCUUACUAUACAAUUAGAUAUUUCAAGAUCACUCGAAGAUGAAACUAAUCUGCGAGCAAUUAAAAAUGAAGUUGACACUGCUGUCACAUCAGAGAUGAACACCAAUAUAGAAACAACUUCGCAGCAAGAGGAAAUUAUAUCCUGCAGCAAUAAUAUGAAGGAUAAAGUUGAAGUAGAUAGAAUUGAGAUAAAUACGAAAACUAAUAAUGAACAAAUUAUAAGCGAUCUAAAAAAUAUGUUCAUAAAAUGUGAGAAUUGUUCUUGUGAAAAUUGUGAUUAUAAGGAAGCAAUGUCAUCUAUUAUUUGCGGUCAAUCAAAUUUCAAUUCGUUUUCAUUGAACGAAGAUAUAGAUUUUUCUAAAAGUCUUGCUUCCGAACUUGAGACUGAAUGCGAAGAGAGGACGAGUGAGUCGUUAAGAGAUUUUGUUGUUUCUAAAUCUAAUAAAACAACAAUGUCGUCUACGAAAAAAGCGAUGCAUAAUAGUAACGAUGCAAUGAUUUAUCCUACGGAUACAAAUUUCACUCACGCGGAUAUUAAAUUAUUACAAAAUAAAAUAACUAGCCUUCGAGAUUAUCCACCUCGUAAAGAAGAAUAUUCUAUUACCGAUCAUACGAAGAAUUUAAAAGAUAAAGAUAUAACGUCCAAUUAUAGUGUGCCUUGUAAUGAUUCGGAUAAGAAGAAUAAUAUGACUUUGUCUAACAGUGGUAAUUCUCUUACUAAUUUAGUUUAUCAAGAACAAGAAAAUUGGUGGCAAAUGGAGAAGAAACAGUUGACUGAACGGUGUUUAGAAUUAGAAAAAAGUCUUGAUUUAUUGAAAGCCGAAUACGAAGAAUGCGAAGAAUAUUGGGCUGCUAAGUUAGAGGAGGAGAGACAGUUGUUCGAACAAGAACAAAAAAUAAGUGAUGAAAAGUUUUCAGAACUUAUUGCUAAAAUGGCAGAAUAUGAAGAAUUAAUUAGUCCGGUAGAUAAAAUGAAAAAUGGUGGUCGUUUAUCUCCCAUAGAAGAAAAAUAUAAUUUAGAACAGCAGUAUUUAGAUUUGGAAGAAGAAUUCGACCAAUGGAAAAUUCAAAUGGAGAAGGAUAUUUCGGAGAAGGAUAAAGAAAUUAAAAGUUUGUUUGAAAAAUUAAAAAAUAUGGAAAAAAUAAAAAAAAUGGACAAUUCGACCCAAGUGUCAGAUGAUAGCAUGUUUCAACCCAUCUGUACUUUUUGCAAUCAUAUUCCCAUGGAUGCAUUUAACGUCGAAUCGUAUGCACAAUUGCAAUCGAAGACGUUCAAAUACGAUGGGGAUACAUCUAAUAAUGUUACAGAGAGUUUUAAAGGAGAUCACAUAUUUGAAAAUCCAAUGCCUUCUAAUCAUUUAACGUCGCAAGUUACAAAGGAAGGUUGCGUAGGAAAUUACCACUUAGAUCAAUUAUCGUGUAUUAAACAGGAUACAAAUAGUAUAGAUAAAUGUGAGAAAUCUGAAUCGGAAGAUAAAGGAUUAAACAAUAUUUCUGAACAUUCGUUUAUAGAAAAAGAAGAAAAGAGAAGUAAAUCGAAGCAUAAUACGUCAAAAAAAGAUUAUUUAUUGAUACAGGAAUUAAUUAAAUCGCAAGUUUCAAAUGACAUACGUUGUCAAUGUUUGCAAGAUACUGCGCAACAACAACAAGUAUGUAAUAUCGACAUUAAUAUACUGGAAAGUUUGACUAUGAAGUUACAAAUUCAAGAACGUAAGAAACGCCAAUUAGAAGAAUAUUUUAGACAACAACAGCAUCAUAUAGAACAAGUAUUGCAUCGAACUUUGUCGCAACAUCAAAUAGAGGUAUGUGAAUUACGAUGUCUUCUUUAUAAUACUCAAGAAAAAUUACAAGUCCAAAUUCAAGCUAAUACCGAACAGGCUAAAAGAUUAGCCGGAGCUGAUAUACUAGCAAAGGAUUUGUUUAUAGAAAAUGCAUAUCUAAUAGAAAAUUUAAAGAGACUCAAGCAACAUUGUUUAUUAUCAGGAGUUAACUAUGAAUCUACUUCGAUAUGAUACUUCUGUUAUCUACGACUAUGAUGAUGUUAUCUAUAUAACAAUGAUGCAUCACUCAGGGAGAUAGGUAGAUUUAGGAAGUAUUAAAAGAGCAAUACGCAUGUAAGAAUAAUUUAAUACAAUACGAUAUACUUAGCUUUUAAACAAUAUUCUGUACCAUGUACAGAUUGCAUAUAAAA